ACCCAUCGACAUCGUAUGGCUUUAGAUUAUGGCUCAGCAAAUGAAGUGCAGUUGGAAUCUGUUUGGCAUGUGCCACUACAGCAACUCUUCACUAUAGCACACCGUAUAACGAUUCAGAAAAGGAUAGCAUUCAUGAUCAGAAGGUGCAGCUACUUACCCUGUAUAUAGCUACAAGCAGGAAAGUAUAUGGUCCCACACAGAGAAAGACGAGGAAACGGGAUACUUUUACAUAAUUGGAGGUGAUAGAAGAAAAGCAUGGAUAAGACUUGGAAUCAUGACGCCCAAAAUGAGUUUGUUCAACUGCUGUACAAGGCUGCCCCUCAACUGGAACACUAUGUGUCUCAGCAGUGGAAGGCUUUUAAACUGGGAAACAUGACCAAUGGGAAAAUGGAGAAAGACAAGCUCUCAUCUGUAGGGAAUGACCAACCUGAUGGGCAGGUCAGUAUAAUCAGGGCCAGCUAUAUCACCAUAUCGAGUCACUCUUCAUGCACAGUGCCCUCUGUCUUCAAGAGUGUCUGCUGUGAAAACACCCAUAUCAUCACCGCCCAAAGUAUUCCGGUCGCCCCUGGCACCAGCAACGCUCUGCAAUGUAGCCUGAAAUUGGCUCGGCAGUUCAUAGCCCAGUUGAGUGGGUCCUCGCUGUACCAGCUCACCAUAAACCCUGGGGAGACGGUCACCGUGCAGGUCCCCACGAGUCCCGGGGCCACUGGGAGUUUGUCUCCCUGUUGUCAAGAGGGACUGCUUGGAGGACCUUGUGUUAGGUAG